AUGUCUGGAUAUCACUUCGAGAAUAAGUUGUACUGUAUUUUUGGCGACAAAUGUCUAAUAACGGUCUCAAACAGAAAACAAUGCAAAAGGUGUCGUUUGGAUAAGUGUUUGUCCGUCGGAAUGAAAAGUGAAUUGAUUUAUUCUGAGAAACGGAUUGAAAUCCGCAGACAUAUUGUGGCCGAGAAUCGGCGAAGGCGUCAAAUGCUGGCCAAUAAGUCACCGGAAGCUACCGUACAGUCGGACAGCAACUCAUCAUUUGAUACAACGGAUAGAAAGAUAAUCGUUUCGAUAGACUGUUCCCAACCGACCACUACUGCCGAAGACAUCAAUGCCUACAACACAGACACAAAUACCACGAGUAAUUCGGACGAGAGUGACCAACAACUAGAUUACAAACCACUGCUACCUAUCAAUGAUUACGAUAACACUUUUGCCAGCCUUUCAGAAAACGAUCAAAUGGUGUUAAUUAAGUACUCGUCGGUUGAGAUCAAUCUCUUGCGUAUGAUAUCUGUGUUUAAUUUUCGCGAUGGAUAUUGGGAUAUAGUGUUGAAUAAUCGAUCUCAUUGCAUUAAAUUGGAUCUGUUUAUUAAAAAUGUGGAGGAUAAUUGUGGUGGCUAUCAAUUACAUCGUACAUUUGUCGAGAAUAUGGGACUUGACUGGGAGUCCGACCCACUCAUCAUUGACUUUCUAACGCCAAUCGUGUUGUUUAACCCGAAUCGACCCAAACUAACCGACAUUGAAAGUGUUCAAUAUUUAAACAUGAAAUUCAAGUCAGAAAUGUUAGCCAAAGCCAAACUCAUACGACUGAUCGACAGUUUAAGGCUAUUGAAUGUUUUGCACACAAAAAUCGCUAUAAACUCGGCGAUGAAAAAGGGACCCAAUUUGGACGCAUUCCCGUUGUUUCGGGAAAUCAUAGACCGAAGCGAAGCAAAUAUGGCCGCCUGUCGUAACAUCGACUCGUGGCAGGCCUACAGACACACCAGUGAUACCCCGUCACCGACAUUGCAGCCCAUGUAUGCCAACCGGGAGUCUGUGAUUACCGAUACUAACACUAGUAAUAAUAAUCCAGUCGUGCGUAGCGAUCUCGGUGUCAUUUAA